UGUAAAUUCGUAGCUAAUUGUUAACAUUUGUUUUUAAUACUGUAGUUUUCAAGUUUCGGCUGCAACAGAAUAUACAGCAAAAACAAACGGCAACAGAUGAGGAAAGGUGAACGGACCCCCGGCUGCACCACUAGAAACAAGCAAGAGACACAUUUCAUUCUUAAUGUCAUCACGUUGGGAAAGAUACGCGCAGAAAACGGCCGAGCGACGUGAGCUAAUGACCAACGCCGUCCGUAUUAUUGAUCCAAGAAUCAGACCUGGUUGAGGCAUAAUGAGAAGAAAAUUUGUAUUUUUUGGACGUGGGAAAUCUGGAUACUCGAGGCGUGAGUCAAAAGGAACAAAUGAGGAGGAAAAAUGCAGCCGUGCUCCUAGCCGCUCUCAGUUGCACCAACAUCAGUACCAGUAAGGAAAGGCGCACUCCAGAGACCUAUUAGCUAUCUGACGUAUCCUGGACGGCGGUAUAUAUUAAUUCACUCAGUCAUCAUUCGUUGAGCGAAACGCCAAUGAUUUAUAGAAAUAAGAAAAUGUGGCGACGUGUUCGAUGUGUUUAGGACUUCACCUUCUCAUUUAAAUAAUGUAGUUUCGCCGGGAAUUUGCAGACCGCACGCUUGACACAACUUCUCCUCGGCUCCUUGGCGAUCUCACCAUGGAAAUGUACAACGACAGCACCUUUUCCUACUCGGGGUUCACCAAGGAAAACAAUACGAACUUUUCGGAGGUGACGCUGAGUUACCAGAUUAUAACUUCACUGUUUAUAGGAACUAUGAUCCUCUGCUCUAUUAUUGGGAAUGCUUGUGUGAUCGCCGCUAUAGCACUGGAGCGUUCUCUACAAAAUGUAGCCAACUAUCUAAUAGGGUCACUUGCUGUCACCGAUCUGAUGGUGUCGGUGUUGGUACUACCCAUGGCUGCUCUGUAUCAAGUUCUGAACAAAUGGACCCUGGGACAGGUAACCUGUGACAUUUUUAUCUCUUUAGAUGUGUUAUGUUGUACAUCUUCUAUCCUGCACCUUUGCGCGAUUGCUUUGGACAGAUACUGGGCUAUUACUGAUCCAAUAGACUAUGUGAACAAGAGGACUCCGAGACGAGCCGCUAUUCUAAUAAGCUUGACAUGGCUGGUCGGAUUUUUAAUUUCAAUCCCACCCAUGUUAGGCUGGAGAAAGCCCGAAGACAGAGCUGAUCCCGAUGCUUGUAAUAUUAGUCAAGACCCCGGCUAUACCAUUUAUUCCACUUUCGGUGCCUUUUACAUCCCGCUAAUAUUGAUGUUAGUCCUGUAUGGAAGGAUAUUCAAAGCCGCCAGGUUCCGCAUACGCAAAACGGUGAAGAAAUCGGAGAAGCAAAAAGUAGCAGACACUUGCCUGACUGUUUCUCCAGCCGUCGCGCAAAAGAAAAGCAACGGUGAGAACAGCAAGAACUGGAGGAGGAGCGUGGAGCCCAAGCCUGCCUGCAUCAACGGGGCCACUCGGCACGGGGAAGAAGGGCCAGCUUUAGAAGUUAUCGAGCUGCACCACUACCACCCCAAAGGUCACCUUCCUCUGCCCAGCCACACCAACAGCCAAUUGACAUUUUGCUUUGAGGCGAGGAAUGAUAAGAACGUUGAAGCCAAGAGAAAAGUGGCCCUCGCCCGCGAGCGGAAAACGGUGAAAACUUUGGGCAUCAUUAUGGGCACCUUCAUCUUCUGCUGGUUGCCAUUUUUCAUCGUUGCCCUUGUACUGCCAUUCUGUGGACCGCACUGUUACAUGCCAAUGUGGCUCCACGCAGUCAUCAACUGGCAAGGCUAUUCCAAUUCUCUCCUAAAUCCCAUAAUUUAUGCUUAUUUCAAUAAGGAUUUCCAAAGUGCUUUCAAAAAAAUUGUAAAAUGCAAGUUCUGCAGGCAAUAAUUCAACCAUCAUUCCAAAUUCAUUACUGUGGUGCAUUAGUCCAAAAACAAACCAUACAAUUUUAACGUAAUGUAUUUAACAUUUAUUUUAGUCUGUACUUGUGGCACGAAGACAACUGGAUUCAACUUGUAUCAGAUUGGCAUUGCUGUACACAUGACAACAUUCGUGCUGACAUCACAUUUCAAACAACAUUUCAAAUUAGAAGACAAAGGCCUAUCCAGUUUCGAUAUAAUCGUUGUUUCCUUGAAACCUAAUUGGAAAGUGUCCGUGUUGUUCUGCGAUUUAACCACGCAAUUCUGGACCUUGUAUCCGCAGCUGUCAAUGUGCCGAGCUAAGCGGCACCAUUUGUAGACGAAAACUGAUACCUGUCUUCACUUGAUGUGUGUCUCACAACCCCACGUAUGCCGUGUGCUGAGGUUUUCUGCUAGUCUUUACUUUUGUGAUUUUUUUCGAAGUUGCAGAGUUGGGCCAGUGAUCGUUCGCAAUCAGUAACAGUGACUUCCACUUAAUGCAAAAUAAAACUCGC